AUGAAGGACUCUAUGACUUUUGAGGAACAGGUGGAGCAGAUUGCAGAAGCACUGCUUGCUGACUUCCCGGGGCAAAAAUCAAAAGCAGAAUUUCGUGUCCUACAUUAUAACGGUCCAAGUGUGCGUUUUGAAGGUAAGAAUAUUUGUUCAUGGAGAAGUAUGAACCCCUCUUCUAGAGCUGUGUAAUCAGGAACUGAUGAUUAAAAUUACAUGCAAGCAAAGAGGCUUGGUUUAAAAGUUCAGCACUUCCGUGUUAAGAGCAUAAGGAAAGUUCUUAAUAAAUCCUUAUGUUGUAGUGCAUUGCAGCUAGAAUUGCCGGCUAGUUUUAAGACACUUUAGCUGAUUAGCCAUCUGUUCACUGAUUAAUGCACUAAAUACACUUUUAUUUCCAAACUGAAAUUUCAGUAAAGAUCUCUUUCUAAGAGAUUGAAACGAGUCUGUGAUAACAGACCUCUAGUCAGAAGAAAAGGGCAUAUUAGAUAAGCAUGUAUUUUAGUUCCGCUUUUAGUAAAUCGGGGGGGGGGGAGGCGAUGGUCACCUCCAGGCUUGACUACUGUAAUUCGCUCUACGUGGUGGUGCCCUUGAAACUGUCCCACAAACUCCAGCGGGUGCAGUAUGCUGCAGCAAGGCUCCUCACAGGGUCUCUGCUGUGGGAGCAUAUUAACCCAGUGCUUUACCAGUUGCAGUGGCUCCGGGUAGAGUAUAGGGUCUGGUUCAAGGUGCUGUUUUUGACCUUUAAAGCCCUUUGUGGCUUAGGGCCCUCGUAUUUACGGGACCGCCUCUCCUGGUAUGCCCCGCAGAGGACCUUAAGGUCCAUGAAUAACCAUAGUUUAGAGGUCCCGGGCCCAAAGGAAGUCAGACUAUCCACCACCAGGGCCCAGGGCCUUUUCAGUGAUGGCUACGACCUGGUGGAAUGCUCUGUCCCAUGAGACUAGGGCCCUUCAGGAUUUAACCUCCUUCCAUCGGGCCUGUAAAACAGAGCUAUUCUGCCUGGCUUUUAAUUUGAAUUCAGCCUGAUCUUUUAUUUCCCUUCUCUUCCAUCCCCCUCCCCUUUUAUGAAGAUUACCCUUUCUGAGACCCCACAGCUAAUUCUCCCCUGGCCUCCUCGCUGGCCCAAGUAGGACUAUUUCAGCCAGCUAGCCCUGGGGAUUAUCUAAUGCUUAUUAGAUGGAUUUCCCCGAAAUGUAUUUAUGAAGUUUGAAUUUUAUUGUUAUUCAUGUUUUUAUACUGUAUUUUAUGCUGCUUUUACAAUUAAGUGUUUUAAAUUUGUUGCUAGCCUCCCUGAGCUCAGUUUUUGAACUGGGAAGGGCGGGGUAUAAAUAAAUUUUAUUGUUGUUGUUGUUGUUGUUGUUGUUGUUGUUAUUCAGUUCUGUCUGAACCUUUCAGUCCUACUGCUUUAGCUGUUAAAACGUUUAGCUGGUUAAUAGUCUGCUAACACUUGCAGGUACAAUAAGAGUUUGUUGCUUUGCUGCCAGAAUGCCUGCUACGAAUGAGGCUUGGUUUUGCAUUGCUGUAGUAGCAGUUUGAUAUUAAGUCAAUGGUUAACACUGAAGUUUGUUUAUAGUAUUUAUUCCUUGUUCUUCAUUACAGAAGGAUUUUCUGAGCACCUUAAAAUAUGCCUGUGCCCAUAUGUGUGUGGGGGGGGGCUAUUUCACACAGGUAACAGAUUCAGUUUCCCCAUGUGUGCAAUUAUGCAGGGGUGUUCACAGAGAAGUAGUUUUUUAAAAAAUGCCUCUGAGUUCUAAACCAAUGUUUCCCAUCCACACUAGUGGAUAGUCUGUGAUAGGGUAUAGCCGCAUGGUAUGUACAUGUCCUUAUCCCCUCGAUUAUUACCCACCCUAAAUUACAAUUUUUUUCCAAAUUGUAUGCAUUUACCAAUGCAUAUAGCGUACUUUCCCAUGUAUAAGAAGAGGUUUUUUUAUUUAAAAAUUAGGUUAAAAAUUGGGGGUCAUCUUAUACACGGGUAGUGCAUAGGGGCGAUGUGGGAUUGGUUGCUGCCGUGAGCAGAAGAUUGUCAGCGGCGAUUGGGCGUGUUAUUGGUGGCUGUGGCAAGGGCUAGUGUUGAUUGGCUGUCGCUGCAGCGAUUGGGCGGGCGAUUGGUGGCUACUGCCGGUGAGGGGACAGAUAGGUCGCUUUGGCAACGCAUGCGAGUGGCCGCAUAGGUCAAGCAGGUGAGCAAUUUUCGGCAAUCCCCCAUAAAAAAAUCUCCACAACUCUGGGCCACCCCCCCCAGCUGAACAACUCUGGUAAAUCUCCCCCCCCAUUUUCUUAAUUUGGAGUCCCCAAAAAUAGGGGGUGUGUUAUACACGGGGGUGUGUUAUACAACAGGAAAAAUUCUCAGCAGGUGCACAAGAGCACAUGUUAGCAGCGUAUUUUACAACGGGCAAAAUGAAGGUUUGUGAAUUGGGGUGGGGUGAGGAAAACACUCACAAACAUUUAUAACCUGUCACUGAAAGCAGAUUCCUGCCGAAGACUGUUCCCGGAUCUGUCACCAGAAAGCUGGCUAAGGAAGUCUGCCUGCUUUUCUGCUUCCUCUGAUAUUUCCCCACUUCCAGCAGAGGAUGGCGCUCUAAUUAACCCAUGGCAGGAUGUAACUCAGGUGUUUUGCAGGUAAUUAAAACCUGUUAGGAGACGGCAAUCUUUAACAUUCCCCACGGUGGAAACUGUCCAAGGCUGUUUCUCCUUGAAAUUCAGUCAAAACCUAUGUGCAAAUACAAGAUCAUUUCAUGUAUUGCUCUUCUGUGUAAUGACUGCAAAGAUGACACCAGGUGAGUUGGGCGGUUGUCAUGGUUGCUUCUUACUUUAUUAUGAGCAACCCAAAAAGGAAAGGCGUUGGUAGCAUAGAAAGUUACAAUUGCCAUGUCUUUUGCCAGGCCCACGUCCUUCCCUGCUUGCCCGUGCUACAGCUCAAGGCAGUAAGACAAGAGAUGAAGUCCAUCAACAUCAAAGUCAGACCUCACACUUUCAGGGUAACGUACAUAUCAUUUUUUAGGAACCUUAUGCUGAAGUAACAUAGCACAAAGUAAGCUGAUGCUACCAGAAGAGCAGUGCUUUACUUAUUAUGCAGCACAAAUUCAGUUUUCGGCACAUAACUUCCUGCGAAGCAGAGAGUUUUGUCUGAACAUCCUCUUUGUCACUCUAAAGCUUAGCACAGUUCUAAAUACUAACACUCAGUGCGUUUGGACAUGGGAGGAAAGUCAGCCCAAGCUGGGCACUGGGAAUUCACUUAUUCAGUUUAUAUCUCUCCUUUCUUCUGAGGAGCUCAAGGCAGUAAACACGGCUCCCUCACCCUCCAAAUUUUAUCCUCACAGCAAUGCUGUGAGGUAGGGUUGGGUCGAGAAAUGGCAGGUGUCCCAAAGUCAGCUAGCAGAAAAUUGAACCUGGGUCUCCCCAAUCCCUGCUUCAGCACCCUGCUCAGUAUUCCAUACUGGCUCUUGAAAUUGCCAUGUAAGGCAAGGUCUUUACGCUCACUGGAAUGCAGGAGUAUUUUAGUAUAGGGGAUGUGGUAUCACCCUUCCUGAUUGAAAUGCACAGGGAGAUCCUGAGAUGAAGAAUGAAGUCAAGGAAGCACCCAAAAGAGGAAAUGUUGUAGUAAUGGGUGGCUUAAACUACCCUCACAGAGACUGGCCACAUAUAUGUUAAGUCACGACAGGCACAUUAAAUUCCUUGAUAUCUUAUUGAUCAUGGAACCGUCAGGAGAUGUGGUGAUGCUGGACCUAAUCUUGAUUGGUGCCCAGGACUGGUGCAGGAUAUAAUGGUUGAGCCAUUUUAUUUUAUUUUACCCUGGCCAAGACUGGGCUCAGGGCGGCUAACAUCAGGUAUAAAAACAAUUGAUUAAAAUACAACUUAAAAACAAGAUUAAAAUACUACUUAAAAUGCAGCCUCAUUUCAGUGGAAGUCCAGAUCAAAAACUGUUUGGGGGGGAGAAAAUGUCAAAUCUUCACCAAGGCCAACUAUCCAGACUGGUCCUACAUGGGCUAGAAAAGCCAGGGAAGUCCCCAAAUAGGGGUUCCAUCACAGAAGGAAAAGGAAAGAGGGGGAGGGGAUCAGGCUGAUUCCAAGCCAAGGGCCAGGCAGAACAACUCUGUCUUACAGGCCCCGCAGAAAGAAAUCAGAUCCCACAGGGCCCUGGUCUAAUGAGACAAAGCGUUCCACCAGGCUGGAGCCAGUGUUGAAAAGGUCCUGGCCCUGGUUGAGGCUAAUCUAACUUCCUUAGGGCCCGGGACCUCUAGGGUGUUGCUAUUUAUGGACCUUAAGGUCCUCCAUGGGGCAUACCAGGAGAGGCGGUCCUGUAGGUACGAGGGUCCUAGGCAGUUAUUUGGGAGCAGAUAUUAUAGUGCUAUUAAAUUAAAAUUCAUAGAAGACAUUCAUAUAAUUGUAGAGUUGGAAGGGACCACGAGGGUCAUCUUCUGCAACCUCCUACAAUGCAGGCAUCUUUUGCCCAGUGUGGGGUUUGAACUCAUGACCCCAAUAUUAAGAGUGUCAUGCUCUACCAGCUUAGCUAUGUAUGUAGCCAUAUGUUGUAAAUGGCCAGUUGCAAAUAAAAUAUGACAUGGCCGCAUCUGAUUUCAGAAGAGGAAGCUUCCCCAAAUGACAAGAUUGCUAAACAGGAAAGUCAAAGGCAAAGUCAUGAGGGUCAACUCUGAAAUACUUGGGAAAUAAUCCCUGCCAAAGGAGGAGGGAAAGGAUAGCUAUGCCACCAUGCAUGCAUAGGGGCCUUCUGGAGUUCACUGCACCAAGGAUGAUGGUCCUUGAUGUCAUAAGGGCCAGAACAUGCACAUACCCUUGUGUGGUCUGGUCUACAAGAAGAGGGAGCCUUUUGACUUGGGAUUCUCAUGACAGCAUGGCUAAGGCUGGACCAGAAGAAGUCACUGUCACCCAUAUCACACAGUAGCAAACUAAUGUGCAUUUAAGGAGAAGCUGCAACAUACAAAUGUUCAUUGUUCCUCUAGGCUUUAUGGAUUUUAUUAUUAUUUGGGAACAGCACUGUAAAACUGGGUGGGCAAAAGGUAGGUAAUAGGUCUCUGGGUGGUUUGCAGCAGAUCACCAAGGAUUUCUGACACUGAACUGUAUAACAACACAUGUUGUUGUUUAGUCGUGUCCGACUCUUCAUGACCCCAUGGACCAGAGCACGCCAGGCCCUCCUGUCUUCCACUGCCUCCCACAGUUUGGUCAAACUCAUGUUUGUAGCUUCGAGAACACUGUCCAACCAUCUCAUCCUCUAUUGUCCCCUUCUCCUUGUGCCUUCAAUCUUUCCCAACAUCAGAGUCUUUUCCAGGGAGUCUUCUCUUCUCAUGAGGUGGCCAAAGUAUUGGAGCCUCAGCUUCAGGAUCUGUCCUUCCAGUGAGCACUCAGGGCUGAUUUCCUUAAGAAUGGAUAGGUUUGAUCUUCUUGCAGUCCAUGGGACUCUCAAGAGUCUCCUCCAGCACCAUAAUUCAAAAGCAUCAAUUCUUCGGCGAUCAGCCUUCUUUAUGGUCCAGCUCUCACUUCCAUACAUCACUACUGGGAAAACCAUAACUUUAACUAUCUUAAUUCUGGCUUGGGAUUCAUCCAGCCCAGACUUUCGCAUGAUGAAUAACAACACAUACACCACCCCAAUCAGUUUGCUGGAACAAAGAGGGGAAAACAGUAAACGGAUUUUUGUGUGUUGGGAGUAUGACCUGAAUUCUAAUCCUGAAAGCUAUUUUGUGAUGCAAAAUACAUUUAGAGGUGCAUUAUCUCUUAAUUCUAAGUGUAUGUCUGCCCUUCUUUUGUAUUUGGCGCCAGCUGGUAGACAUCUGAGUUUUGGGGGUGAGGGUGGGGGGAGUGGACCCACUCCUGUUACAAGAGGAGAGGAAGUUGGUGUCUGCUUAGAGAUGCAGGAGCUAAUGUUUCCUAACAGCCUGCAUCCCUGCCAGAAUAUCAAAGCGAGGUAUGAUGACUAAAGAUAUAUGGGCUGGACAGCUGCAGGUUGAGUGGAAAUUUCUCUCUAAUACAUGUAAGAUAAAAUAAACCUUUUCCAGCCUCUCCACCUCACCUUCCAUGCUUGCUGCGUUCUCUUUCCCCCUCUGUUCUGAGUAAUCUUGCCUUUUUCACUAUGUGUUCUUUGGGAAAGCAGUUUUGUGUAGCCCUUUCAGACGGUGCCUAAAGCUGUCUGGGUUACGCCUAGAUAUAAUUAAUAUUACUAGAAUGUUACUAGGACUUAAAACAUAAGUCUCUGUUUACUUUCUUCCAAGGUGGAGGUGGUGCCGCAAGCCCUUUUGACCCAGUUCCUAUUGCCAAUACACUGAGACGCCUAGGAGAUCAGUUUAAUGCAGACUUGGAGAGACCAGCGCAGGAGAUCAUAGAGGCAGAGGUAAUAUACAUUCCUACCUCUCCAACAAAAAAACACCACCUCAGUCUCUGCUCAUAGGGAACUUCCCAGCUCUGAAUAAAAGGGGGUGCAUGCAUGACACACGUGUGACGUGAUUAUGUCUCGCAUGCUGGCCCCCUCAAUCGUGGGGGCAAGCCGGCUCACCUGAGAGUGUGUGUGUGUGUGUGUGUUGCAUAUUACAGCUGCUUCCCCAGUGUAUUGGCCCUUUAUUUUGCUGUCUUGUGUGUACUGUAUGUUAGAAAUUUCCAUUCUCUGUUUACAGGGAAGGAAAUUCAAAGAAAACGUCGAGAGUCUCAGCAAGACCUGGACAAUUCAGAACCCUGAGCUGGAAUAUGAAAAAGCUUUCCUAGUUGUCGCUGUAAAGUUGUUUAGAUACAUUGCAAAGAAAGCUCAUGGUGUAGCCCAGCCGCGCUUACUCACAGAGGCAAUCAACGCAGCUCCGGAAGUGAGACACUAUAUUGAAAGGCAAGGUGGCUGGGUGAGUUAAGUUAGCAUUUGGCUACACAGUCCAACCAUCUCCAUUCAGCAGUUCACCCAGUAAAGUGUAAAAACUCCAACACUUUCUCAAUACAGUUAUGUAUUUUAGUUUGUUUUCAAGAUUUAUUUCCUGCCUUUCAGUCGGAAAACCUUUAAGGCAGCUUACAAGGAUUAACAGGCCACCAGGGCUGACCUAAAAUCUCCAGGUUUGCCUGGUUCCCUCCAGGUGGCAGAGGGAAAGGUUUCAAUCCCCAGGUGGGUGAGGGUGCCUUAAAAAUAAUAAUAAUGAAGAAGACUAUGCAUGUAGCUUGUAAGCUUCAGUCCAGCUAGAGCUGGCUGCAAAUUACUACAUACAUUCUAAGGCGGUGGUCUGCUCUCUUCCUCUCCCUCUACCAAUUAAACUCUGUCUCCAGGGCUCAGUGGUGGGAAGAAGAAAAACUAAGGGCUGCCUCCAUGACAUCACCUGGGGUCGCCUCUAGGUCUCAGGUUUGAGCCCUGAAAUCUUAGGGUCUGGGAUGCUCUUGACCUGGCAACCCUACAACUUACAAUUUAUUUAUUUUUAUUUAUUAAAUUUGUAUAGUGCCCUUCAUCCGAAGAUCACAGGGCAGUUCAUAAUAUAAAAAUACAAAAUGAAAACACAAAAUACAUUUUUUUAAAAACCCAACCAAUAUCCCCCGCAACACAUUUAAAAGGACAUAGAAUGUUAAUCAGCCGUACGCCUGGUUGAAGAGAAACGUUUUUGUCUGGAGCCUAAAGAUAUGUGAUGAAGGCACCAGUCAAACCUCCUUGGGGAGAGCCUUCCACAAAAUGGGGAGCCACCACAGAAAAGGCCCGACUUGGUGUUACCACCCUGCAGCCGUCUCAUGGAGGAGGCACAUGAAGAAGGGCCUCAGAGGAUGAUUGAAAGGUUCCGAUCAGUUCAUCUGGAGAGAGACGGUCCUUGAGGUGUUGUGGUCUUGAUCCAUUUAAGGCUUUAUAGGUCAAAUCCAGUACUUUGAACUAGACAUGGAAACUGAUAGGCUGCUAGUGCAUUCAGGCCAGGAACAGUGUAAUAUGUUCCAGUGUGCAACCUGGCCACGGAAUUGCAUAUCAGCUGACGUUUCCAAGUCUCCAUAGGAAGCCUGGUGUAUAAUGAGUUGAAGUUAUCUAACCUAGAGAUUACCAGAGCAUAGAUGGCAAUAGUUUGCAAUAGAACAGCGCCAAAUUUAGGGCAGUGUGGGUGGUUCUCCCGCACAGGGUGCUGAGCUAAGGGGGCAAAAAAUAACAUUAAUAACAAUAGUAAUUAUAUAUUUUUGGAGGUACAUACUGAGAAGAUCUAUUAAAAAGCAUAUGUGCCAAAAGGAAUUAUUGUGAAAAUAAAUAUUAUGGGGUGCCACCAAAUUUUGUCCUUGCUCAGGGUAUUGUUUUAUGAAAAUCUGCCCCUGCAACAGAAUAGAACAACACACACAAACACAGCUGAUGGAUGGUAACAGUAUAAUUCCAGGGCAACUGGCCGUUGGAGCUGGGAGGAGGGGAAGCAAGAUCCCUGCAGCUGCUCCUUCUCUGUCUGAUGUAUGGAAACAGGAUAGCCUAUUCCUAAAAAGAAGAGGGUGCAGCCCCCACAAUGGAUGGGUGCUGUUGUGUUUAGAGGCCUGGGCCACAAAAUAUAGAUGGAGACGAUGUUUGCUAAAUCAAUAGCUUAUUGUAGAGCACUUUCCCUGCUCACAGAGGAGUUCUUGCUUCCAGAAUUGCCAUACAUCCUGGGAUGGAGCAAGCUGUGUUUAGACCAGAGCAUUCUGUUCUGAAUCAGGAAUGGAUCUGCUCAAACUUCACAGGCCUGCCCCCCCCCCCCCCAUUUUGUCUGCAUGCCCAAAGGGCCGGAUUUAUGUUUGAUGAGCCCUAAGCUACGGAAGGUAAUGGGGCCCUUUAUAUGUCCAGCUGUCCUUUGUCAACAACAAAUUGUCACUGUUUUUUGUGCUGAAUAUAUGCUAUAUGGUAAUUUAAUAAACACAAAACACUAUUGCUGUAUGUAGGUUUUAUUUUAUUUGUUUUUAUCUUAUAUUUUGGAAAUGUACAUCCAGGUUUUUUUCCUUUACAUUUUUUUGGGGGGCCCCAAGAGAGUGGGGCCCUAAGCUAUAGCUGGUUUAGUUUAUACGUAAAUCUGGCACUGCAUGCCCCCAUUACUCCCAGUAUUUCUUUCACACCUUGUCUCUGUGUGAUGGGAUCUUUACAAGGUGCCUCUAAGUUAGGUCUUUUAUUUCCAUUUGCUGAUUUUUCUUCAUUUUUCCAAUUAAUACCUUCUUUUUUCAUUUUAGGAGAACCUUGAAAACAGAAGAGGACAAAAUAAUCCCUAA